AUGAUGAAUGUGGUUUCUUCAGCUAACCACAGUCUUCCUGCAGGCAACUUCAUUCAUGUUACCCACUCAUUAAUGUGUGCAUUUAGUCAAAGUGAAUGUUGUGUGACAUUUUAUGUAACAGAGAACAUGAUGUAUCUAGCAGUUUUCGCCAUUUUGUCUACAGCAUUUGUGAAUGUAUUUUGUUUUAAUUUGGAUACAUUAAAUCCAAUUGUAUAUGAAGACUUUCUGAGCAAAGGAUUUGGAAGAAGCAGCUACUUUGGGUACAGUAUUGUUCUGGAUUCUGGAUCUCCACCCUGGAUUCUUAUUGGUGCUCCUCGUGCCAAUUUUAGUCACUAUGUCAAUGUGACUGAACCUGGAGCAACUGUUCGGUGUGCCAUUGCUGGAAGUUGUACAACAGUGCUUCUUGAUAGUGUUGGAAAUGAAGAACCUGAUUUUGUGGGUGAAAAACUACCAUGGGAUCAUAAAGAUAAAGCAUGGAUAGGUGUUUCAAUGGAUAUAGAACAAGGACAGCAUGUAGGCAAGAUUGUGGUGUGCGGUCACAGGUGGAAAGAUCAAUCAUUUCUCAAGGCUAACAAACAAUUGUUUAUGCCUGGGGUAUGCUACUGGAUGGAGUCCCCGUAUGAGUCAGCUUCUAAACUUUUGCCACUUAAACGUCCUUAUUUGGUUGAAAAACAAGGUGUGAAACAAUAUCAAUUUGGUAUGGGUCAGGCUGGUUCAUCAGUCCACUUAGCUCGAAUCACCGAUAAACAGAAUGGCUCAAAGUUGCUGAUUGGUGCACCUGGUGCAUACUCGUGGGAAGGAACUAAUGUAAUCUGUGAAGAUGGAAGUGACUUUAGCUUUGGAAGACAAAAGCGGGCAGCUGAACCGAAUUCAUUUAGUAAUUGCAAUACCAUCAAGAGAAAUACUCUACUUAAAGGAGACCAAACAUUCCCUUACAUUGGAUACAGUGUCUCUUCUGGAAAAUUCUUUGAUGGUACAGAACUUCUGUUCGUGUCAAGUGCUCCAAGAUCUUACCUCAAGGGUGCUGUUAUCAUAUUCAAGUCCCUCUCAUCUAGUCAACAGCAAAUUAUUGAUACAUUAAGAGGAGAAACAGUAACUGAAUAUUUUGGAGCAAGCAUCACUGUCUGUGAUGUAAAUGGUGAUGGCCUUGAUGAACUGAUAGUUGGAGCUCCAUUCUUCUCUGUCAAUAAGGAUGAAGGCCGCAUAUAUGUGUUUACAAGAAGUAACAGUAUGAAGUCUAUGAAGCUGUAUCAGAAAAUUGAUGGUCAGAAAUCUGGAGGUCAGUUUGGUUUAGCAGUUACAUCUCUAGGUCAACUGAAUCGAGAUGAAUGUGAUGAUGUAGCUGUUGGUGCUCCAUAUGAAGACAAUGGACGUGGUGCAGUAUACAUCUAUAAUGGAGGUUAUGAAGGUCUGAAACUGUCACAAAAAAUUACUGCUGCCCUUAUUUAUCCACAUCUUCGAGGUUUUGGCAUUAGUCUUUCAAAUGCAGCAGACAUAGACAGUAAUGGUAUUAAAGAUGUGGCAGUUGGGUCAUAUUUAUCUGGACAUGCAGUAAUACUGAGAGCAUCACCUGUGGUAAUACUCAAGGCUGAAAUUUUCUCAACUACAUAUCUGAUUCAAAGGACAACAAAGACAUUUGUUGUGCAUCCAGCUAUAAAAUGCACUGGUUGUGAAGAUGCUCACAUAUUUUCAGUCAACUUGAAGCUGAAAGUGGAUACAAAAUAUGAUCAAGCAUUUGUAGAUAAGCAAAUGAGCAGUCAUGAAUUUAAUCAGAAGCUACAAUUUGCAGGACAUUCAUCAAAAAACACAUACAUUGACAUAUUUAUCAAGGAGGAUCCAGAUACCCUAAAAGAUAUUGAACUCAAUUUAUUAAUUGAAAUGGAAAAUAAAACUGGAAACACUAUCGUGAUACGAAAGGAUAAACGAGAAGGGGAAGAUGCUUUCUGCAAGAACUGUACAGUGGUGGAUGAUUCUCAGUCUCAGCUGAAAGAUACAAAAAUAGUUAAAUUUGUUAAUGCCUGUGGAAAAGAUGAAAAGUGUGAUGCAUGCUUGCAGAUGGCAUGCUCUGUUAAGAAUCCCAGAUUUGGUGGAAACAAUGUUUAUAUUGUUGGUUCAGAAGGUCUAAUAUCAUUGGAAGUGAUGCUUCACAAUGGUUGUGAGCCAGCUUAUUCAGUUACCUUGACAGUUGAAAGUGAAGCAUUAAUUGAACCAGCAAAAAUACCAAAACUAUGUAAACAAACAAUAGAUCUAGAAAUUGUGUGUGAUAUUGGAAAUGUAUAUAAUGAUACCAUAGUGGCAAAAAAUCUUACUGUGGAAUUUGAUGUAAUGAGUGUAACAAAAUAUGCCUUCAUAAAUGAAAAUGCAACAAUGCUGACAUUUUCAGUCAUUGUAAAUACAACAAGUAAUGACAUAAACAAUACAACACAGUGCUCAACUGUGGUACAAUUGGAAAGAGAAGCAAAUAUAAAGAUCUCAGGCUUAUCAAAACCAGACUAUCUUUUGCUGAAAGAUUCAGAUCAACAUGUGCGACAUUUAUAUAAGGCAGUAAAAGAAGGCCCAACACCUGUGAAGCAAGUACAUUUUACAAUUGAUGUACCAACACAUUACAUAGCAGAUAAUGGGAAAAGUGUUGAAUUUCUUAGAAUCCAACCAGUUCAGUUUUAUCAGAAUGGCAAAGAAGUUUCAUGCAGGCAGCCAGAUCAAGAAAAGGUGAUGAGGAACACAGUACAGAUGGUUCCAGUACGUGAUCAGACAAUGUUGGUCAGAGUGAAGAAAUCUACUACUCUUCAAGAGGAACAUACACUAAAUAAAAAUAUGAACACGGCUUCUGAAAAUAAGACAUUGUUCUUAAACUGUUCUUCUUCAAAUGUCAGAUGUCAGAAAGUAAUCUGCAGUGCAUCUGAAAUGUGGAAUCAAAAUUCAUACUUUGAUGUUCCCGUUGACUUAGUGUUCAAUGCAUCAUCACUAAGGCCGCUGAUGGGGACUAAAAGUACAGUACUGUUUUCCACUACUGCAAAUGCUGAGCUUUCAUUGUCUAAGGACAUGCUAGUGAUGUCAGGCAGAAAAUCAGUAUCCACAGUAAUAGUGGCAGAUAAGCCCUAUGAAUCAGUGGCAGUCUGGAUAAUUAUACUUGCAAUCAUUGGCGGCAUUCUACUGCUGUGUUUGUUAGUAUUUGGCAUGAAAAAGGCUGGAUUCUUUAGAAGAAGAAAGAAGGAAUUGCUGCUUCAAGGAUCUCUGCAGAAGGAAGCAGUAGGUGAAACUGCAAAUGAAUAGAAAGUAUUUAAGGACAUCUAUGGGCAACUAAGACAUUUCUGUACCACAAGUUUUUACAGUAGCAAAACUUAAUAAUUGUAUAUUUAGAUACACUGUUCAUUGUAUUAUUUUAAGGAAUUAUUGGUAUAUCUUUCUGUUCACUGUGGCAGUACAAAUCUCAGUUUAAAAUUUUUUCAGUGUGUGUCACAGAUACACAGAAACAAAAUCCACAGCUUAAUAUUUCUUUAUAAAGAAAUCAGCAUUUUGUGUUAUUUAAACCACAAAUAUGAGUAAAUGCAGCUAAAGUCUGAUCAAAAUUACUUAAGGAUCAACAGUCUGGCAUGAAUACAUGGAGAUGUGGAAAUGAGUCGCUACAUCUUGCAUGGAACAUACGUAUGCUUGCAUUUCAUUAAACUUGCUGAGACUCAUAAGCAAUUCACUUUACAAAGACUGUACUGGCAUCAGUGUAUUCUGCAAGAGCAGUAUUAUCUUUGUAUUUUAGUUUUCUUGUGGCAACAAAUUUUUAAGAUGAUAUACAGAAAGUUUAUGAAAAUUUAUUUCCUGAUGAUGUUACUGAAUUUUUUAUAUGCAAAAAACCUUUUGUUAUUGACCUUAGAUGAAAACACCAUUCAAAUGAAAUCAUAUGAAAUACAUCAUAUUUUCAUUUGCUUGAAAUUGGUACUCUUUCAGAGAUCUCUAACAUGAAAUAAUUUGAGACAUAUGAUGCAUGAUGCUGCACUCACUUAAUGGUCACCUUUCUGGUUUCAUUGCAAGAAACAGAUUGCUUGGUUUAUAAUGAACCUGCUAUUUUGUUUUCUGAUCAACCUUCUACUUAUCUGAAACAUAAUAAAAAAGUUAUGCCUGUCAGUCAAGCCAAAGGAACUUAAUGGUUUGAAAAACAAGAACAAUAAUGAUAACAAAAUACUCCACCUCAUUAUUGCAAAAAUUAUGAGGCAAACAAUUAAUAGGUUUUCAUUGUGUGAUUACAACUGUUACUCAGAAGAACUUAAUUCAGAUUUAGUUUUUGAUAAUGGUUUUUUUAUUAAUGUUCAAAGUUUAUGGAAAUGUAAUUUUGCUAUUUGAUUUGGUUCCGUGUCAGUUCUGUUGGGUCUAAAAGGCAGUGACACAUUGACAUCCUAAUGACUUUUUGCCUGUAUGGUAUUCUCAGAAUGUGAAUGUCAUGUAUGGGAAACUAUGGUUUUUGGAGAGAUAUUAGAUCAAUAAGCUCCAUUAUUUAAAAUUUGAUACUAAUUUUGACAUUUUGGUGCUGGGGACAGUCAUCUCCUCUCUCUGAACUGAAAUGGUAGACAAAUUGUCAGCACACUAGAUUUUUUGGGAACAUUAGCAACAACAGUUGUUGAUAGUGUAGGCAUGUAACACACAAACCAUUCCUCUCAACUGACAUGGUAUGUCAAUCCUCUGGCUAAGAGAGUGACAAAAAACAUUUUCAUGAAAUAACAUAUGAUGAAUUUCCUUCUGAUAUUGUUCAGCAUCACUCAAUACACAACUAAUAACAGUAAUAACUGAUAAAAUAAUAACUCUUCAAGUUUAAGAAUUUGAAACAAAUGAAAUCUCAGACCCCAACUUACAAUACCACUGAAUAUCAAUCUGCCUAAAUCUGCAGCAAAGUGUAAGUGGAAAAUGUCAUGAUGGGGCAGUUAAGGUCUAGCAACAGCUGGUGGUUGUUCUGGCUACAGGUCUUUUGGGAUGGCUGAAGGUGUACCAUGUCUUCCUUGUGAGCCUCAUCUCUCUCCUUACUUCACAGCUGUCAGUCCUGAAGCAAUUUUGAGCAGGAUAUUAUCAAAUGAUUUGUUCUUGAAGAAGGUAGAAAAUGUUGUUGUAACCUCCCAUGUCUAAUACCAGAAAGAGAAAACUGGUUGAAAAUCUUCCGAGAAACAGUAUGUUAAAUACAGUGAACUGAUGAAAAAACAAAAAAGUCACAAAUGAUUGUAAGUUUGUCAUGGUCAUUAGGUGAUAAGUGAUUAUUCGUGGGGGGUGGGGGGCAACUAACUAUAUAUACCAUAAAAUAACUGAGAUACACAGUGUCUAUAUUUGACCUACAUGUAGUAAAUUUUAUUUUAGUAUCUCAUCUCAAAUGACACAAUUUGCAGCACAUUUGUAUUACAUAUAAUCAACACAGAGUUAUAAAAUAUGAAAUAGUAAAAAUAUAUAUAUUUAAAUAUGUACAAUCUCUAAUAACUGAGAUACAUAAAUUUGAAAGGAACCUACUUCCAUAAAUGGAAAAUAUUUUUAUAGCUGUAUCGGUAAUGUAAAUUGUCUGAGUUCAUAUCCCUGAAGAUUCUUUUCCAACUAACAUUUGAUCAGGAUGCUUACCCUAGCACGGUGACAAAACGAAUAAGGACUACUUAAUAGCUCCAGAAUAUAUGAAUCUGACAAAUACUUUUAUAUUGUUGAUUCAUUUAAGAAUAAAAUCAUUCCUAGUAUUACAAUUCAGUUGCUGUUGAUUGUUCCUGUAUGCCCAUGUUUAGGAGGUGUAGUGUGUUUACUUCAAAUGUCUAAAUGCCACAUUAUGUGAUCUUGUUAAUAGUAGCUAGUGCAGUGUAUUACUCCUGUAAAAGGCAGUAUGUAACAACAAUGAUUUGAUUGUGACUGAUGUAAUAACCAUUAGAAUUAACAAUCAGCAAUCAUGUAGAGCCCUCUAAAUGCUGAUUACUAGGUAACUCUUGUUUGUAAAAUGUGUAUAGAAGUCAGACAUGUGCUAUUCAAUUCAAGCUCUUCGGGGAGAUGAUUUAGCUAUAAUCUAUCAUGGUAUAUUCUAAGUAGUUGACUUAACAAAUUAUGCCAUAUAAGCAUUAUUUAUCCCACCGACACCCUGGGACAUUUCUCACUGUAGUUUUCAGAUGUAAUGGAAGGGACAUGUUUUUGCAUAAAUAGAGAUGAUUUAUGACUUUAAAAGGUCUUAUUAAAAUUAAUUUUUGAAUUACAGCACAAUCACAGUAGCAUAUCACAUGGUGUCAAUUAACUGUUCAUCAUCUUCAGACUGUCAAUAGAUAAAAGAGAGACAAAGAAUUUUAAAGAAUAUAUAAAAUCUAUUAAAUAAA